AUGUUCUCUGGACGGUUUGGAGUGCUUUUGACGGCGCUUGCUGCGCUGGGUGCUGCCGCGCCGGCACCGCUUGAUGUGCGGAGUGUCUCGACUUCCACGUUGGAUGAGUUGCAAUUGUUCGCGCAAUGGUCUGCCGCAGCUUAUUGCUCGAAUAAUAUCGACUCGGACGACUCCAAUUUGACAUGCACGGCCAACGCCUGUCCAUCAGUCGAGGAGGCAAGUACCAAGAUGCUGCUGGAGUUCGACCUGACGAACGACUUUGGAGGCACUGCCGGUUUCCUAGCCGCGGACAACACCAACAAGCGGCUCGUGGUCGCCUUUCGGGGAAGCAGCACGAUUGAGAAUUGGGUCGCUAAUCUUGACUUCAUCCUGGAAGAUAACGACGACCUCUGUACCGGCUGCAAGGUCCAUACCGGUUUCUGGAAGGCGUGGGAGUCCGCUGCCGACGAACUGACGAGCAAGAUCAAGUCCGCGAUGAGCACGUAUUCGGGCUAUACCCUAUACUUCACCGGGCACAGUUUGGGCGGCGCAUUGGCUACGCUGGGAGCGACAGUUUUGCGAAAUGACGGGUACAGCGUUCAGCUGUACACCUAUGGAUGUCCUCGAAUCGGAAACUAUGCGCUGGCCGAGCAUAUCACCAGUCAGGGAUCUGGGGCCAACUUCCGUGUUACACACUUGAACGACAUCGUCCCCCGAGUGCCACCCAUGGACUUUGGAUUCAGUCAGCCAAGUCCGGAAUACUGGAUCACCAGUGGCACUGGAGCCAGUGUCACGGCGUCGGAUAUUGAAGUCAUCGAGGGAAUCAAUUCAACGGCGGGAAAUGCAGGCGAAGCAACGGUGAGCGUUUUGGCUCACUUGUGGUACUUUUUCGCGAUUUCAGAGUGCCUGCUAUAG